AUGUUUUGGUCAUGGCUGUUGGAGUCUGUUCUAGUACCAUUGCCCUUUGCAGCCAAACUGCCCCUAACCGACCAACCUAAACCUACUGCUCUUUCUUUCCUGGGGAUAACGGCAUUGUCGUCGGAGAAAAGAUGCUUCUAUGUCCUCGGCGUGAACUUGUAUUCUGGAUAUUACGAUAAAAGGAAAGGAUUCUACAAGGUGUAUGGUGAUCUCUUCGAGAAAAUCUACCAACAUGAGUUGAAUUUGGCUAGGAAGUUAGGAUUCGCUACUGUGAACGAUUUUUGUCAGGAAGAUGAGUACAAAUUGACUUUGGCAUCGGACAGAAAUUCCAGACGGAUGAUGGAGGAUGUGAACAAGAAGCUGAGGAAAAAGGCGAAAAGGGAUUACAAUGUGACUGUUAGAGGAUUAGCGGAGUUUGUUAAAAGGAGAGAUAAGAGAGUGAUUGAGAUGCAGAUUAAGAGGAAUGAGGAACUGGAGAAGAAAAAUGAAGCGGGACGCAAGAGAAUGGAGGAGUUGGAAAGAGAGAAGGCUGACAGAGUGAGAAAUUACGUAGAGCCUGAGUGGUUGAGAGUAGAGGAAUUACAAGAUGGAGAAAUUGAGGAGGAGCAAGAGGAGAAGGGAGAAGAGAAGGAAUUGUACUGUGUGGUGUGUGGGAAGAAGUUCAAGAGUGAGAAACAAUGGAUAAAUCACGAGCAGUCCAAGAAGCAUAAGGAAAAUGAGAAGAUGGCAGCUUUGAGAUGA